AUGGAUUGGAGCAUUGUCGAUGAGAUCAGGCUGUUUCGAUGGGUUUCUGAGUUUAAGCCCUGUGGGAGUCAGAAUGUGGGUAAUGUCAAAAAGAUUGUGGAUAGGCUGAACAAUCCAGAGAAGUACCCUGUGUUGAUGCUGCAAAAGGAUACUAGUCGACGCCGUAUUUCCAAAGUUUUCACUAUAGAGGAUGUUGUGCGGAAGCUCAGUCAGUAUUACGACCUUGACGAGGCUGGCCGAGUCGAGGACGGUGUAAGAGAUGUGGGCGGUGCAGAUGAUGACACGAGUUCUUUGCAAUUAGAUAUUCCUGAUCUGGAUCAUUCAGACACCAAGAGGCAUGACAAUCGCGAGCGAAGUCUCGCGGAAACGCUGGGCGAAGGGACACUUGAUCAUGACCACUCUUUUACAAUUGGUUCCGAUAGAUCAAUUGUUCGGCAGGAUACCAAGAAUUCUAGUUUUGUCUCUGGCGUAGAAAACAGUAUUAAAGAUACCUCUCAAUUCAGUGCUAAUAGCAGCAAAGGUAAUGCCGAUAUGGCGCAAGAGAUAAAGGUUACAGGCACUCCAAAGAAGACAGCUGAUAACACAAUAAGUAAUUUUGAUGAUAUAGAAAUGCCGGAUGCUCACCAAGAGAGUGAGCCAGAUACUCCACUGGAAACUCAAGAACAAAACAAUGUCGAAGAGAGCGGAAACAACAAUGAAGAAAAAGCCAUAGAGGUUGAUAAGGAUGUUGGAAAUGAAAGUAUAGGGAAUAGUGAGAGUGUUGCAGAGGAGCCAGCUCAUAUAUCAUCUAAAGAAGAUAUACCUAGUAAAGAAACUUCAAACGUGGAUCAUCUUUCCAAAGCUACAAAUAGUAACGAGAUUGAAGAGAACUCGAUGCAUAGUGGUAAAGGGGAAAAAGAGUUAGCCAUAGAGCUCGAGAAAUCGAAUACUCAAGAUGAAAAAACAGGCUUGCCCACAGAGGAUGAUAUUGAGAAUAAUAAUGAUACAAAUAAGUCGGCAGUAUCAGAUACCGAACAGAGUAAGGAUGAAAGCGCUACAAUAGGUGAUAAUAAGAAAGAGAAUACGGCUCAAGAAAUUCAAACAAGCGAACAACAUUCUUCUAGAUCCCCAGCGAAUGAUGUGAAUGAUGAUUCUUUAAAAUCUGCACACGAAACACAAGUCAACGAGUUCGAAAAAGAUGAAACUAGUGGGACCAAUCAACCAAUUAAAGAAGACAGUAUGUCAAAGAAAAUACCUGAAGAGAUAAAAGAGACAACUACUGCAGCUGGUGUUAAUUGUGGUGAGGAAAGUGAGAUCAGAAAAGAUGAUGAGGAAACAUCGACGUUAAGCUCGGUUGAUGAGUCGUCAAAUAUGAAUGAUAGCAAUCAAUUAGAAGAAGUCGAUGUUGAGAUAAAUAAGAAUAGUGAAGAAGGGUCUCCAAUAUCUGAACUCAACGGCAAACAAAUCACAGAAGAAAAUGCACUAGCAAAUAAAGAUACACCAGAUGGUGACACUAAGGAAGCUGCUCCUACAGAGAAGAAAACUGAAACACAGGAUAUCGAGAGCACCUCUGAAGCUGGUGAGCUUAGGGUUCAUGAAGGCAAUGAAAAGGAGACUACGAGCGACUCUAAUAAUCAAGAACAAGAGAAUAAGGAGUCUGAUUUAGAUAUUGCAUUAGCUAAAAAUGAUGUUGAGCAAGAGCUACAAAACGAUAAUGUCACUGAAAACACUACAAUUGAUAGAGAAUCAAAUGACGGUACUUUACAGGAAUCUGAAACGCAGGAUAAAGUUGAGGUAGCUCCAAUUGGAAACUCGGAUAUCAAAAGUGAGGACAAGGGCGAGUUCCAGGAUACAUCAAUUGUGAAUGAAAACAAUGAAGACACACAAGUAAAUUCAGAAGAAGCAAAUGAUGAUAGAGACAUCUCAGACAACAAAGGAGAAAGUAACGAGAAAUUAGAAGAAGGGAAAAAGACCGAGGAAGAUAGUGGGAUUAAUGAUAAUCAAAAAGUUGAUUUAAAAGAUAAUGAUGCAAGCGACGAUGUUGUAGGAGAUCAAACUACUAAAGUAGGAUCUAAUAAUGAUAUAGAGGACAAAAAUGACGAGGAAGCCACGGUUAAGGAAACUAAUAAUGAAAGUAGCGAAGAACAGGAUUAUAUGGCAGCAAAUACCGAAGAUAAAGACACAAAUGAGGAUGAGAAACUGGUAGAUUCAAAGAUUGAGGGUCCAAAGACAAGAAAAAGACAAAGAGAAGAAGAAGCGAAGGACAAGGACGAGACACUGGAUGAGAAAAUGAGCAUUCGCAGAAGUAGAAGAAGUGCCACGUCAAAUGCAAUUACUGAAGCGCCAGCUUCAAAAUCUCAGGCCACCACACCGGAGCCUGAAGCAGUCUCCAGCAAAGAUACACCUCAAAAACAGACUAAGAAGCCAAAACUACCUGAUGAACCAUUGGCGAAGAGGACAAGGCAUUCGGCUGCAUUACAAUCUGUAGUUGCCGAAAAGGAGAAAGAAGAAGAGCCUAAAAAGAAGAGAAAAAAGAACGCAAAAAAAGCUGUUCAACAACCAACACGUAUGUCAAGUCGGUUACGGAACAAGAAAUAG